AUGGAAAAAUUCUUGCGCUCCUGGCGCCAGGAUGCGCUGAACCGAGGCCAGCAUGACGCAGCCAUUUACAUCGGCGACAAGGUGCUGGCCCUGACCAACAGUGACUCAGAUGCCUUCUGGCUAGCACAGGUUCAUUUCUCGAACAACAACUACGCCCGCGCCCUCGCCCUUCUCUCCCGCAAAGACCUCAUCUCCCGAAGCACGGCUUGUCGCUACCUUGCCGCACACUGCUACAUCAAGCAGAACCAGUUCGAACAGGCGCUCUCCGUCCUCGGGGACCAUAAUCCAACUCAUCUGGUCCGCAGCAGCAACAGUCGUCGCAAGCUGCAACACGUCAACGGCCAAAGCCAUGUUACUUUGCGGAACGGAAAGACAACAGCGUCGCGGAUCGACCGUAGCGAGGAGCGGGAAAAAGAAGACGCAAACAAUGUUCGAUUUGAGGCAGCGAUGUGCUAUCUGAGGGGACUCUGUUUCGCGAAGCAGAAUGCCUUCGACCGCGCGCGGGAUUGCUACAAGGAUGCGGUCCGGAUCGAUGUUCAGUGCUUCGAGGCGUUCGACCAGCUCAUGAAGAACUCGCUCAUGUCGCCUGCGGAGGAACUGGAGUUCCUCGAGUCGCUCGAUUUUGAUUCUGUCUCCAGCCCCGAUCCGUCAGUCGCGCAAGAGGCGGCCCACUUUACCAAGAUGCUAUACACCACCCGACUGUCCAAGUACUCCUCCCCUACAAUUCUUUCGGAUGCGACCGAAACUCUUUCGACGCAUUACAACCUAUCAGAAAAUCCGGAUAUUUUGCUGUCGCGGGCAGAAGCUCUAUAUACACAGUGUCGUUUUGCACAAGCUCUCGAACUCACCUCGUCUAUUCUCUCUGCGUCGCAAACGAGUGCAUCUUCGACGCAGACGGCAGCUGCAAUGCACGUGUCCGCUCAAAGCCACCUUGGACAUCCGCCUGCAGUCUAUCCCUUACAUCUGGCGUGUCUCUACGAAACCGGAGCAACAAACGCACUCUUUCUUUUGUCGCAUACGCUCGCUGAUCACGCUCCAGAGGAAUCGUACACUUACCUCGCUAUCGGUGUAUACUAUCUAUCGGUUUCCAAGAUCGCUGAGGCGCGACGGUUCUUCUCCAAAGCCUCCUUGCUGGAUCCCCAUUCCGCGCCAGCAUGGAUUGGCUUUGCCCACACUUUUGCCGCCGAAGGCGAGCACGAUCAGGCGAUUGCCGCGUAUAGCACAGCGGCGCGGCUCUUCCAGGGCAGCCACCUGCCUCAGCUAUUCCUAGGCAUGCAGCAUCUUGCAUUAAACAACAUGUCCCUUGCUCAAGAGUACCUUUCGGCAGCGUACUCCAUGUCCACCGGGGACGCGUCGGGGUCUGCCCCAGCCAUCCGUGCCAACCCAUCUUCCGAGCUAACGUCCCUUGGUGGCGACCCUCUGGUCCUGAACGAACUCGGGGUUGUCUUCUAUCACCAGAACCACCUUGAGGCGGCCGUUGAACUCUUCCGCCGGUCUCUCGCACUGGCUACAUCGCUGGAAUGCGAGCCUGGGGCGUGGGUAGCGACGCGAGCAAACUUGGGACAUGCCUUGCGUCGCAUUGGGCGAUUUUCAGAAUCGCUGACCGAGUUCGAUGAGUGCUUACGCAUUGGCGCCGCCGGCGCAAGCUUCGGGUACAGCCCAUUCUUAGGUGGCAGCGGCGGGAGCGCAUCGGGCGUGGCCACGUCGGGUGUCGGAGGCUACGAAGACCGCGGGCUGGUCGGCUCAUUGCACACUGCUCGCGGUCUUGUAUUGCUGGAGUUGAGCCGCACCAUGGAAGCCGUGACAGCGCUACACGAAGCGGUACGAGUGCUCGGGGCCAGCGGGGGCGGCGAUGCAGCAGGUGGCGCUGGCAUCGCCGGCACACUGCUUUCUCGCGCGCUGGAGAUCUGGGCACUGGAAGGCCAAGAGACCGAACAACUGGUGUUUGAAGAGACGAGAACGACAGCCAGUCGGAGCUCUACGCGAUCAUCAAAAGGCAAGGGGAAAAGCGUUUCCCGGCGGCGAGGGGUUCGUGAGGAAUCGUACACCGAAGAAUGGACCGAUGAGGUGGCCCAUGUUGACGCCCCCAGCGCAGCCGCGCACGCGGAGACGCUCGAAGAGAAAGUGGAAAUGGAGCUGGAUGACGAAGCGGACGGCAUGUUGCGGCAGGCAAUGAGUCGCGUGCGAGGUGGACGCAGCAGGCGACGGGUUGUUGAGGCGGAAAGUGACGAGACGCCCGGGCCUGCGAGCGGACGGAGUCGAGGAACGAGGCUGGUGCGAAGCAACACGAGGCAGCAGUGA